CCACCUUCUGCAUCACUAUAGACUUAAAGCUCAUCUAAAGUACGGACCUUGAUCCAUCUAACGUACCCCACCGUGACACGUGUCCGUUAGUGUCGGCGAGUCCUCAACGAACCGAACUGGUACGACCGAUACAUCAACGAGCCACAACCCAAAAACCCGGGUUCGGAUCAGCCCCGGAUCUCUUCCUAACUCCUUUACAAAAGGCUCCUUUCUUCAAAUCGUUUUCAGAACUUCAGAUCUCUCUCUCACCGUGAGUACUACUUUGUCCCCUCAUGGGUAUCAGCAAGUUUCUUUCUUUAUGCUAUUCAAAGCUCUAUAUAUAGAUCAAGAUCUUGUAUGCUAGGGAUUGGUGUUUCUCACCGUCCAAUUUGUUUAAGGUUGACGACUAUAAUGGAGGUGAAAGAGAGUAAAAGAGUGGUAAUAGCAAAACCAGUUGCUUCAAGGCCUUCAUUCACUAGCAUCAGGACAUUCGCUAAUCUUUUAACUGAUUCAGUUACCGUACCUCCUCAUGAGACUGUAGACGCUGCUAUAAGACCAAAGACUCUGAGGUUUAAGCAACCAGCAGCAGCUUCGGUCUCAUGUCCACAGGUGGAAGGAAUUGACAAAGGAAAGUCUUGUGAUGAUUCAGAUACCAAAAGCUAUGUAGUUUAUAAACCUAAAGCAAAGCUUGUCUCCCAGGCAACCGUCUCCGCAUUGGCUAAUAUGCUUCAGGGUAAUCAUCAACAGGUUUGGAGACAAAGCGAAUCAGUACCGUAUGGGAAGAGUGUGAGCCAAGGUACACGCCCUAACCUAGUCCCUAGGGUUCCAUCCUUUAAAGAAUCAGAGACAUCGGCUGGAGACAGAUCUUCAGUGGACGGAUACAACUGGAGGAAGUACGGACAGAAGCAAGUCAAAGGAAGUGACUGUCCAAGGAGUUAUUACAAAUGCACACACCCUAAAUGUCCGGUCAAGAAGAAAGUAGAGAGAUCAAUGGGUGGUCUGGUCUCAGAGAUUGUGUAUCAAGGUGAACAUAAUCACUCCAAACCGUCUUGUCCUCUUCCACGGUGCGCUUCGUCAUCAUCCUCCUCAGGGUUUCAGAGACCACAAAGAGAGCUAGCUUCGGAAGGAUCAAUAGGACAAGACCCUAGUAAUGUUUAUUACCAUCCUCUUUGGAGCAAUCAAAGCAAUGACUCAUCUAAAAGCAUAGCAGAGAAGAUGAAUGAGGGUUGUGUAAUAACACCAUUCGAGUUUGCUGUUCCAAGAUCAGCGAACUCUACUGGUGGGACUUCAGAUUCUGGUUGUAGAAGUUGUAGCCAGUGUGAUGAAGGAGAGCUUGAUGAUCCUAGCAGAAGCAAGAGAAGCAGGAAGAACGAGAAGCAAGCAAGUCAAACAGGAGUAUCACAAAGCUCAGUGGAUUCAGACAGUCUUGAAGAUGGAUUCAGGUGGAGAAAGUACGGUCAAAAAGUGGUUGGAGGCAAUGCACAUCCAAGAAGCUAUUACAGAUGCACGAGUGCAAACUGCAGAGCUAGGAAACAUGUUGAGAGAGCGAGUGAUGAUCCAAGAGCUUUCAUUACAACCUAUGAAGGUAAACACAAUCACCAUUUGAACUUGAGACCUCCAACUUCGCCUACUCUUCCCUUUACCUCUACACAACAUUCUAAUCAAGCCAUUUGAUGAGUCCCCAUUGAUGCUACUUCUUCAAUCUUCAUAGCACAUUUGAUUAAUCAAUCAAUUUCUUGUUUCCAUUGUGAAUUUAUUUUAUUUUACAUCAAAGUUGUAAGGACAAGAAGAUAAUUGUUAUUUGACAAACAACAGAAAGAAAAAAAA